UUUCAAACCGGUGUUGUUACAGGGUGGUAUUGGGUAGCGCACAUCUUUAGUAGGGAGUACAGUGUUAACAUUCAAGAUGCAGUUCAUGCUUCUGUUCAGUCGACAAGGCAAGCUCAGGCUUCAGAAAUGGUACGUGCCUUUGUCUGAUAAGGAGAAAAAGAAGAUCACCAGAGAGUUGGUACAGACGGUCCUGGCUCGGAAGCCCAAAAUGUGCAGCUUUCUAGAGUGGAGAGACCUAAAAAUUGUAUAUAAGAGAUAUGCCAGCCUGUAUUUCUGCUGUGCCAUAGAGGACCAGGACAAUGAGCUCAUCACGUUGGAGAUCAUUCACAGAUAUGUAGAGCUGCUGGAUAAAUACUUUGGCAGUGUUUGUGAGCUAGACAUUAUAUUCAACUUUGAGAAGGCCUACUUCAUUCUGGAUGAAUUCCUGCUGGGUGGCGAGGCUCAGGAGACGUCCAAAAAGAACGUCCUGAAGGCCAUCGAACAGGCGGACCUUCUACAGGAGAGCCAGAGUGAAGACUGGGGAAGUUUGCCAAAUGAGGAGAUCUUGUAAAGGUCCUCGAGUCUAUCUAUGCCUCCAUCCAGGCUAUUGGUAACUACUGGACUGGUGCAGUCAGUCAAUCAGCAUGGGUUUCCAACUCUGCGUGCUGUGAUGUCUACCUGCAUGCACCUCUCUCAGUCUGACUGGCUCGUAACUCUGAGUGAAACAAACACGACGAACUGUGAGGGUCGAAGCAGGCAUGAACUCAAACUUGAAUGUUUUAGACAUGCCCGGAAACACUCAGUCUCACCAACAGGCAGUGUAGUCUAGUGAUUUCCAGUUUUAUAAAAGAUGUUGAUGAUUUUAAAUUUGUUUGUUUAUUUAAUGAUUGUAGAAAAUUACAACUGAUCUGGUUUUUCUCAUCAAUGAUCUUUAAAAAAAAAGCAAAUUAAUUGAAUUCAAGUUUGCACUUGAACUAGAAAAUUGAGGUUAAAGAGCUUUGCUGCCUGUGUUGAGACCAGUCUGAUGUUAUUCUAACACCAAGCAAUGAAACUGCUCGGAUAACAGACUUUUUAAAAGUAAGUUACAAGAGUACAUAUUUUUUUAUCUCGCCCAAAAUGACUAUUUUUACACCAUAGAUCUCUUGUUGCAAGGUGAUAGCAAAUCCUGAAAUGUACUCCACAAAUCUCAGGGGACCAUCAAAACUAAACAGUGUUGAUCUGUCAAUACCUGCAAACCUUCCAAAGUACCUGUAGCUCCACCCUAGACCCUGUUUGGCUGACAUCACAAAUCUCCAGCAUCAAAAACUGUAAUCUGAUAAAUAAAGGUUCAAACAAAUGAACAGACCCUGUAAAAAGGAAACUAUUUCAGUGACAUUACUGAACAAAUUAAUUCUGUUCAGAAAAUUAAAAUCAAGAAUUUGAUGGUGGCAACACACAGUCGGGGCGUCGGUGAACAUUCAAAUAAUUAGAUUAAUCGUAAUUCUUGACUCCUAAAAGAAAAUGGACAACUUCCUCCUUCAAAAAGUAGCGAUGAGGCCAAGUUGUCUGCAUCAAAUUGUGGAUUUGAGAUUUUUUUUAUUUUCUAAAAGCAACUUGUCUUUUUUAUUUGUGUCUGUUCCAUUAAAGUUUAAACAAAUUAUCAUCUGUUAGUUAAAUAAUUAACAGGUUAAAGUUGUGUUGCAUUUUGAUGAGUUUCUCAGCUUUUCUGGAAACAGAAUUUGUACACAUUUGUUGUAUUACUGGACUUUUCCAGUUGCAGGACAGCGCGUAUUUUCACCCAGUUCAACAAGGAAGUUCCAGAACUAUGUAAAAGAGCAGCUGAUCUUCAAAACAUAAGGAAGCCAAAGAUAUUUAGCUCUUGCUGUACUGGAAAUAGUCAUAAUUUAACCACUUUUUUGUUGGUUUUGCUUUUUCAUGGGUUAUUAUUAGAGGAAACUUUAAAACCAAAGAAAAAAGCUAAAUUAUGUGCAUCUUUUAUAUUGUGUCUUCUCUUGUCAUUGUGGUUGUCAUAAUUAGAUCUAACUGAUUACUAAACAGUGCAAUUUAAUUAUCAGGCUGCUCGGCUGGAGCUUUUUAAACACCACAGUGUUAUAAUGGAGGCGCACGAGACAAACAAAAUCUGUUCACUGAUUAUCGUGUCCAAGGAAAAACUAUUAUGUUAUCUUGACAAAAACAAAUGAAAGUUAUGUGGGUAAAAUGAACCUGGGGGGAUGGGGUGGGGGACGGGUUGGAAACAGCAUUAGUAAGCACAUAGUGGACUAAUUAUAGAGAAAACAUUCCACAGGGGAUUUAGUGGAAGCUGUUUUGAUAAGCCUUCAGUGAAAUGUUUCUCAAGAGCUGGUUAUUACUUUGGUGCCAGCAGGGAGAUCUUCUUCUGGAGUAAUGAAGCCUCAGACGUUUUGCUGCCCUGUAUCUACAUGGCAGACAACAGAGAUUAAAAAAAAUAAAAUAAAAAUGAGUGGAGAUGUCCCUGUGAACAGAUGUCUCCAUGCUGAGGUGGUGCUCCUUGAGCACGUACUGUAGCUGUAGAUGUGGAGUCUACGGGCGGUGCAUGCAUCCUUGUGUUUGUGCUUAUGAGAAUGUUUGCCUCACAGGUGUGAUGGUCCCAAAUAUGGCCUCAGAAUCCUCUGGUCUUUUCCAGACUUAGACCCACGAAGGUGAAUGCUUUGUGUUUGUGGAUUUAGGUUGUCUGUACCACUAGAGCCCUGUAGUGCCAGUCCUCUUACUGUGUGUAAGCAGUGUAUCUAUCUGUGUGUAGCUCAGUUUCUCCUCGUUGGGACGGCUCUCACGGUUUGUUCCUGGUCCCACUCGAUAGUAGCUGUCUCUUCAUAAUACACACAAGUCUGUCCUAGUUUGUCUUUGUUCUCUAUUUGUGCUGUUUGACACUGUCCACUACCAGGUGUUUUACAUUAAUACAUUUAGACUGACUUUGUACUCGUAGUUGGAUAAAACUGAGUGUGAUAAUGAAACAGGUUUACUUUCUUGUACAGGAAAUUACUGAUUCAUAUAAACUUUUCCCUACACUAGAGUGUGGCUACUUUUUUCCUUUUUCUUGGGUGAACCUUUUAAUGCUGUCUAUCAUACUUGAAAUAUACUGUUUGUCAGAUCUGUUGCAUCACUUUAUGGUAAAAACUUUGCUCAAAAUCCAUGUUUAUCAUCUCAUACGCACCUUCUGCAGUACAAUAAGUCUGACAUAUCACACAGUAAUAAACUGUGCACAUGUACAAAUUAUUUAGUUUAUUUUCUAAUUUUAUGUUAAAGGGCUAAAUAAAGACUUCAGUUUAAAAAAAGAGAAUUUUCUGCCCAUUAUUUCGUGAGUCAGGCUUUAAAGUGUGAAGCAAAGCUAACCUGUCAGGCUUUCUGUUUUCAGACUUUAAGCUAAGCCACGCGUCUCCAGCCUCAAGUUUAUCAUCCAGACACAAACUUGUUAUGAAUGUUUUAGUCUAACUAGACUGUUGCUUGAAGAAAAGUUGGAGAAAGUAGUUUUACUUAAAAUGACGUCUCGCGCUAGCUGCUGUGUGUCCUGCAUGUCAUGUGGAUGAAUCCAUGUCGUCUUGUCUUCUAAGCUGUGUGCCUUUCUCUCCCUCAGCCCCGUCAUGAGUACUUUAAUGUGCCUGUGUACUGAUUGGCUGCCAUCGCUGCUGCUGCUGCUGCUAUCCACCCUGCAUGCUGAGCUCCUCAGUGCCUGGCACCUUUUUUUUCUGCCCUCUAAGCACCUGAUAUUGUCACUGGUUUGGCAGUGUAUCAAUACUCUGUUUCACACAUGACAGCCAUGAGACAAUACGGUCCAGAAUAACUACCACAAAUGAAAGGAAGUGAUAACAUUCAGGUUGGAUUUGGCACAUUUUAUAGCAAAGACAGAAAGCUGAGUGUCCCGUUUAACAAGCGUGAAAAUUAUAUAUCAGAUAUAACAACAUGAGUCAAUGCUUAUUGUUGUCACAUAUUGUUUACAUGCCUGUCAUCUGUAUCUUGAAUUGUUUAUCACUGCAGUAGCUGAACAUCUCUUUAUUGUCACCGUAAAGCAGCAGGUUUGCAUCAUGUGUCAUUGUGAGUCAUAAUGUGCUGUUUGACAAAUGAUCUUAAAAUCUAUUUCACAUUGAUCAGACUUCCAAAACUUUUGGAGUCCUCCAUAAGAGAGCUUCAAGCUCUGAAAGAAAAUUUAGUCAUUGAAUAUUAAUUAAUUGAAAAUAUUCUUUUUUUUUUUUAACAAGGCUGACAAGUUGACUAAUAUGUGACAAGACUUUUGGAUCAGGAUGACACAUGAUGAAAGACCUCUUUUUUCCCUUUUAGAUGGAACGCAUUAGAUCA